AUGGCAGCACCUGAAGAAGACUACUCUUCCUUACCACUCACAGAAAGAGUCACUCACAAGAUUUGGAAAGUUCGACUUGGAGCUUAUGAGGAAUUAACGAAAAAAUUUAACAUCGCUGAUGAUGAAAGCGAUUUUAAGCCUUUUGAGGGUUUAAUGAAAAAUAUAGCAACAGACGCUAAUGCUGUUGCACAAGAAGCAGGCUUGACAACUUUAUUGACAUUUGUUGAGAAAGCGCCAAAUCCCAUAAGGAUAAGAUCUUCUGUAAUACCAGUUGUUGUAGACAAAGGUUUUGGUUCUUCUCGUGCGGGAACAAAAAAUAAAGCUAUAGACCUUAUCUUGCUAUUUAUAGAAGUUGAUACUGUUGACCCUGUCUUGGAAGAUAUUCUUGCUGGACUAGAUGCUAAACAACCAAAAAUAGUUACAACAACUGUAUUUAUCCUAAAAGAAAUUAUUAGACUUUUUGGAACAAAAAUAGUAAAUAUAAAACCGAUACUAAAACGUUUGUCUAAAAUAUUUGGUCACACUGAUAAAAACGUUAGAAGUGAGGGCACUCAAUUAGUGAUAGAAUUGUAUAAAUGGCUCGGACCAGCUAUCGAUCCUCAUUUACAAGAGUUAAAACCAGUGCAGAUCAAAGAGUUAAAAGAAGCGUUUGAAAAAUUACCCCCAGAAAAACCAACUCAACAACGCUUAUUAAGAUCACAAAAGGCCGCCGCUGAAGCUGCUGCCGAAGCUGAUGAUGAGGCUGUUGAUGUAUUAAGCAAAAUGGAUAAAAAUUUUUAUCAAAAUCUGGGAUCUGCUAAAUGGAAAGAAAGAAAAGAAGCAUUGGAUGGUUUAUUAGAAAUUUGUAAAACUCCAAAAAUUGUUGAUGGAAAUUUUUCCGAGUUGAUAUCUGCAUUGGCCAAGCGUAUAUCCGAUACCAACAUUAAUAUUGUUAUUGUUGCUGCAAAUAUAAUAACAGCAUUGGCAUUAGGUUUACGUGAUGCAUUUGCAAAAUAUAAGGCUACGGUAAUUAGUCCACUUAUAGAAAAACUUAAGGAAAAAAAGCAAAGUGUGAUAGAUGCUUUAGCAGCUGCUCUUGAUUCUGUUUUUAAGACUAUUACAUUAUCUGAUAUUGUGGAGGACGUGGUAGCUGCUGGAAAGCAUAAAAACCCACAAGUAAAAACAGAGUCGAUGAAAUGGCUUACGAGAUGUCUAAAAACUACACUAGUGGCACCAAAUAAGGCCGAAAUUAAAACGCUAAUAGAAAUGAUGGUGAAAGCAUCAGAAGAUAGUUUUGAACCUGUUCGAGUUGCUGCAUUUGAAGGUUUGGGUACUAUUAUGAAAGUUAUUAGCGAAAAGGCCAUGAAUCCAUAUUUAGAAGGUCUUGAUGAUAUCAAGAAGGGCAAGAUCAAAGAAUUUUACGAAAAGGCUGAGGUGAAAGCAAAAGUUACUGUAAAGAAGCCUCCGCCUCCGGCUGUUGCUGCACCUAGUAAGCCAACUAAGUCAGCAAAAUUUGCUGCAAAAAAAGAAGCUGGCGAAGGAACCAAAAAGGCAUCGGCGAAAAAACCACCAUCUACAGACGCUUCAUCUAGUCAAUCUCCGAAAAAACCCGCGGCCAAGACUUCAGCUGUGGCAAAGAAAGGCGGUAAAGCUAAAGAAGAAGAAGUACUAAAGUACAAAUACGCGGAUGAAAAUAUCGAAGAAAGAUUUUCCGAACUCAUUCCUGAAGACCAAACUGAAAAUUUGGGAGAUAAAAAUUGGAAAUUGAGAUUAGCAGCUAUUGAAGAUUUAUACAACACCCUAGAUGAGAUGGAUCCUUCAUCGAUAGAAGCAGAAUUAGUGUUCCGUUUUCUUGCGCAAAAACCUGGAUGGAAAGAAAGCAAUUUUCAGGUUUUGACAAAGGCAUUCAAUAUUAUGGUAUUAAUGGCUUCUAAAGUUCCUUCUUUUUCGAAGUCAUCAGCUGCUCUUGUAAUACCAGUUUUGACGGAAAAAUUGGGCGAUAUUAAACUUAAAAAGCCAGCAGGAGAAACUUUGACUUGUUUUUCUGAAAAAAUAUCGGUACAAUUUGUUUUUACACAAGCAUAUGAGCCUUUACGUAAAGCCAAGUCUCCAAAAAUAAUAGCAGAUGCUUUGACUUGGUUUCAUAGCGCUAUUAUGGAAUUUGGAAUAAAUGGACUUCAAGUUCGUGAAUUAAUCGAUUUUCUAAAAUUUGCAUUAACAAGUUCCAACGCUUCUGUUCGAACAAAUGCUGUAACUGUUCUGGGAGCACUACGAAUUUUUAUUGGCUCAGACAUUCGAACAUUUGUUCAAGAUUUAAAUGCUACACAGCUUGCAACUAUAGAUGCAGAAUUUGAAAGGGUUGCAGAUCAAGCCCCGCCAGAGCCUAUUAAAGCUAGUUCUCAAGUAACUUCUUCAGGAGCAAAAACUUCUGUGAUGGAAGAACUUUUCCCCAAAGUGGAUAUUGGAGCUCUAUUUUCUAGCAAAACGAUUGCAGACUGUAGUGAUGAUAAAUGGAAAACCAGGAAAGAAGGCCUCGAACAAAUUCUUGCAAUUGUUGAAGCCAAUAAAAGAAUAAAACCAAAUCUCGGCGAUCUGGUACCCAUUUUGAAAGUUCGCUUGGCAGAUAACAACAAAAGCAUUCAAAUGAUGUCAUUAGAUAUUUGUGGCAAAUUAGCAACAGCAAUGGGGAAACCAUUCGAAAGGCACGUGAAAAUAUUAGUUAGUCCAGUUACAGCAAUUCUUACGGAUCAAAAAGCAACAGUUCGUGGUAGUGCUAUUAGUGCAUUGGACUGCAUGGUAAAUGCAACAGGAUUAGAUCCAUUAGUCUCAUCACUUGCAACAAGUCUUGCAUCAGAAAAUCCGUUAUUACGAAAAGAUUUAUUGCACUGGUUAUCAGAUAAACUUAAGGAAUCUGAUGAAAAUAACAGUCUCCCUGAUUUGUCACAGAUGGUAUCAGCAAUAUUAUCUUGCCUACAAGACCGUAAUGGAGAUGUAAGAAAAGCAGCUCAAAAUUGUUUAGGACCAAUAGUAAAAAGUGCAGGAUAUGAUCAUGUCGUGACAAAAUGUAGUGACCUUAAAAGUGCUGUCAAGCAAACAAUAAUGCCGAUGAUUGAAUCAGUCCGUCCUGUAGGUGGUAAUGGGUUAGGAACAAAAGCCCCAAAGCUUCCUCCCGGACUCGUUCUCAAGCCACCUGCAAGCACAAGACAAAAUAUUCUCUCUAAAAUGCCAACAAAUUCACUUCUUGCGCAACCUUCCAAUAAUUUAACUUCAACGUCAGAUCAACAAUCUUUUUCUACAGUUCCCUCAAAUGAGAUUCAACCUAUGAUUGCUAAUAGGAUACCUGCCCCUUCUCAAAGAGGUGGUGCAACUAGUGGAAUUGGCCGAGGAUUUGGAAUGCCUGCACCAUCUUCUCGUCUUCAAUUCUCCCGAUUCCGUCAAGGUAAUGGAGCUAAUGGGCAAAAUACUGUACUUUCUGCUGAACAUAAUAAUGAAUUUGAUAACAAAAGAGAUCCUAUUAACAUGGAAAUAGAUAAACCAGAUCAUCAUGUUUCAUCAAUUAAUGAUAGUUCUGUAAUGAAUAGUUCACCUAAUGCAAAACAACAUUCUUCAGAUCGUAAUAAUGCCUUUGUGGUAGAAGUGAAUAUUACAAAAAUUAUGGGUCCUGAUUAUCAACAAAGUGUUGAAGCUUUAAAAGAGUUAGAUAAAAAUUUAAAUUCUGCACCAGAAUCAAUUCUUCCUCAUGCGGAUGAAAUCGUAAGAUCUUUAGCACUUAAAGUCAGAUUGUCUUACAGCCAACUUGAAACCUCAUCACCAACUUUAGUUCGAUUGUGCAAACAUCUAGUUAAUGCUUUGGUUUUAUUGUUUUCAAAUAAAGAUUUAGCAAUGGCAGUAUCUCAAGAAGCUUUAGAUACAUUAUUAUCAGAACUUGCUCGACGUUUGUUAGAUCCAAAAUUACAAGAACUCGAGUCUGGCCAACAGUUGUCUAAAGCUUUGAAUGUUUCUAUGGUUAAAGUUUUAGAAAAUAGUAAUCGUAACGCUACAUAUAGUGCACUGAUAUCCAUACUUGAAAAAUACUCUGAUUUAAGAAAAGCAAACGAAGACACAAUUUUUGAACAAACGAAAUUUGCAGAAUUGAUUAUGAAGUGUCUAUGGAAAUUAGCCAAAUCUGUUCAAGAAAAUCUUAAAGCUGGCACAUUGAAACCUAAUCAAUUACUACGAGAUCUAAAUGAUUUUUUCUUAGUAACACCACCUGCUGAAUGGAAAAGACGUGCCACAGAAAAAGUGGCGCUUGGUGAAAUGCCACUUCGUACGGUAAAAACCUUGUUGUCCGAAUUGAUAACAGGACUUGGUGAAGGUGUUUACGAACAUUUGGAUCUUAUCGAAGACCCACCAAAAAGUUAUGUUUAUCCUUAUUUGCACCACAUGCUUGAGGGUUCAAGGAAAAAACAACAAACUCCAAAUCAUACCAAUCCUGAUAGUAACCCACCAAGUAGACCAUUGUCUAUUGAAUCUGUAAGAUCCCUUAGUUCAGAACCUAUUGGUUUAUCAUCUAACGACUCACCACGCUCAUCUCCAGCUCCAAAAAAAGAAUCAUUAAUACAAAAAACCAAUAUAUACCAACCUAUAACGACAAAUGAAACAAGAGCAAGAGGUCCGCCUAUACCUGACAUACCAGUACACUUCAAUGAAACACAAUCCAAUUCUUCAGAACCGGUUAGUCCUGCGUCGCCACGAACUCCUAUGACACCCAAGUUUCCCACACCGACAAAUAGUGCACGUUCAUCUGGCUCACAUGAAGUCGAAUUAAAUGCAAGACUGACUCAAAUUUUUGUUAAAAUUGGAACAAGAGAGGAAACUAAACAAGGUAUUUAUGAGUUAUACGAAUUUCAAAAGAAACACCCUGAACUAGAAAGCAAAGUUUCAGCACAAUUAUCAAGGACAGGAGUAUACUUUCAGAGUUAUAUUAAACGUGGUCUUGCAAAUAUCGCAGCAGAGGAAGAUGAAAAAGCAAAAGCAAAUAUCAUCGCAGAAGCUAAAUCAUUAUUUCCUACAAAUAAUAACAAUAUAGAAAAUCCUAAUUUGUCAGAAGUUACUGAGGCUACAACAAGUAUUUGGUUAUAA